UUAAGGGCGGGAUUGUUGCCGCUGCUGAGGUAAAAGGGGGAGAAGGCUGGAGGGGAAAGCGCGGCAGGUGUUCACACACAAAGAAACUGAAAGGGAAUCCCACGGCCAUUGGCUCCGCACUCAGGAAUGCAUCGAGUUUCGUCGGCAUUCGCAUUUCGCGAUCAAAUAUAUCCAUGUACACAUACAUGCGUCGUCUUAAUAUAGUCAUAAAACGAAGAGAAAAAUUAAUAUGUAUGAUAUUAAAUGUAUUCGAGUUGCGUAAAAAUGUGUGUGUGUGUGUGUGUGAGAGAGAGAGAGAGCGAUCAGUCAUAAAAAUUUUUAAGUAAUAAUAAAUCACACGUUAUAAUCCUAAAAUAAAAGUGUGUAGAAUCGCGUCCUGUAACUCGAAAACUUAUUAAUCUCGGAGCAUAACGGACGAAUCUUCCACGAGCUCCUUGAAUCCUCGAGAUGAAGAAAAAUCCGUUACAUUUCGAUUUCUAAAGCCGCGCUUCCAUCACGUCGCGCGAACCGAACAGCGAUACGGAUCUUAUUUGCUCCCGCGUUUAUGGCGCGUGGAAAUCCAAACUCCAUCGUCGACAAAAAGUACAAAGGAGAAGCCUCAAACAUAUACGCAGGUAUAGAUAUAUAUGCAUAUAUACUCUCUCGCGCGCGGAAAGUCGCUAAAUAUUCCAAGGACUAGAACGUCCUUCGACGCGUUCGCGACGCCAUUUAGGCAUUGUGUCUCGGCAGCGCGCGCGAGCGCGAGAGCAAACGAGAGAGCGCGCGCGCGCGGAGAUUAUUAUACCGGUUUCGAAUCUGCGCGAUGGAGAUCCGUGAGAAAUCGCGACCUCGCGUCUGUGCGACCGUUAUCGUGUACUCGUGGUAAAGUACCACUACACGCAACUUUGAAGAGGCUUCUCCGAGACGAGUGAGAGAGAGAGAGAGAGAGAGAGAGCGAGAGGAGAAACAGGUGUCCACCACACGCGCGCACGUUGGUCGCUCCUCGUCUCCCGAGGUCCAGAGGACAGGUCCAGUAUCCUUGGAUGAGUGUGGAUCUAGUCACGCAUACAAUCGUGAAACGUGGACUGAAUUCAAACCCAUCCAGGGCCGCUGGACGGGCGAUGGAUGACGGCAACGGGACGACUCUUCCCUCUUCUCUUCGACGCCAAUCUUCCUCGAGUUGAUCUUCGCGGAAAUUUCCUCGUCUUCGUUCUCACGUCCAAGGGGGACACAAACGACGUUGACGGAGCCGGAAAGCAGAGUGAUGCGUUCGUUCGGGCAAGCACUUACCACCCCGGUGGGGCCCUUACGAGGAGGGGAGAGAAGGGUCGCUUUUUCCCAAGGCGUCCGGGGAUCACAACAAAGAAAGAUGCGAUUUUCGAAGCGAAGAGUGGAGAACGAAGCGACCGCUGAGAGACGUUUCUGGAUAGCAGCCUGUCAUCCUGAGAGAAAAGCCAUCGCAGCGGUGAUUCGUCCAAGGAGAUGCGCCGUCACUUUGUCAAUUCGUAUUCAAAUAAUACAGAGAUUCGGUUGCGAACCGCUUGGGACUCUAAAGGGGGCCACUAGAAACCGAGAAAAUUCUCGUGAUAACAAGAAAGGAAAGAAAGGCAAUACACAGGUAGACGUUAAUCCAGGAAAAUGCUACGGACGUAAAGUAGGACACAACGGCAGUUUUCGUAAAUAAAAAACUUAUUCUCUCGUAUAAUUAUGAAUCCCAAACAUUUUAUGUGGAUGAAAUAUUCCAAAAUCUUUAAUUUACAAGAAACGCACAAAAAAAGACACGUAGUCAAUGUAGAACAAUUUCUCGUGUAAAAGAAAAAUCGCAAUUAUCGAUUAAAAAUGAUUUAAAUUAAUUAUUUUUUUUUUGGAUUAGAUAAAAAUUGAUAUCUUUAAAUUAGAAUAUUUUCUAGAGAGAGUGAUUAGAUUAUAGAUUAUAGAAUCCCGAGAAUAUAUAUCAUGACUUCGAAACUUGAGUUUGACAGGAAAAAUCGGAGCACCGCUGUCGAGAGGUAAGAUUCUAAAGACGGUUGCAAAUAGAGAAGAAGAGGGAUAGCGAGGGAGAGAAAGAAAGAGAGAGAAAGAGAGCGCUAGGUCAUGGAAAGCGAAGGGGAAGGAGAAGCUCGCAAAUUGUCGUUUCCAUAGUGAUUUAUACGUCGAGCUCGACCUGAGGUAUCUUGAAGCGAAAAAUCAGUGCAAAACUGAUCUCUAAAAAUUCGACUUAAGCGUGCUCUAUUGGUCGCAAAGCGAACCUCCAAGAGAAUAUAUAUUACGAUAAUAUCGAAAAUUAAAAUCUUCAGAAAAUGAUUGCAAUGUUAUCUAACGAGAAUGGUAAAGGAGAAAGAGAAUUUUAGAGUAAUAUCCUUUCUAUAAAGCGACUGACACGCACGCUCGUGUGUUUGUAGCAGGGCGUUACUGCAAGACGAUGCCUCGAUGACUAGCGACUAGCUUUCCUUUUGCUUCGAAAGACGAAAGAGAGAAGACAUAUAGUAGCAUGUAUGAAGCAGCGUUCCUUGCAUCCCAGCAAACUGGUAUUUUACCAACCAGCAAUCGUGCAAAACGACGCUCCAAUAAUUCAAUGCUAUUCGAAGCUAACGGAAUGCCGUUAUCAUCUUCAACCGCGAUCGCGUUACCAUUAAUCGAUUGUAAUUAGCGGAUCGAGUUUGCGAAGAUGAUAUAAUUGCAUCGCAGUAUUUAGAAGAAAAAAGAAAACUCUGCUAAAUCUUUUCUAAACUGCACGGAGACGAUUGCGAACUCAGAAAGAGAAGCUUUGUCUCCGAAUUCCCCAAAAAUGCGUCAAUAUGCCGUUCGUUCAAAAGCGAAACAUCCAUGAGAGAAGAUAUACUGACGAAAGGCUCCAGAGCAUCGCCGGCGCCUUCAUAAGCGAGAAAAUUCAGUGAAAGAGUCACUUAUUGAUGCAGUGACAGUGCUUUCGAGGUUAGUAGACCGCGCGCGGCGCGAGUCUCGCUGUAAACUUUAAAUCGCCAUUUACACGACCGUCUCUCCGAGCGUCUUUUUGUAAAUAUACGCGCUCAUCGGCGUAGCUGUUGACUUUUCCUGAAAAGCAAUGACCAUGUGUCGACCACGCGAUUUAUGCGAUGACGAUCCACGCUCGAGAGAUUCAUCUCCUCGACGUGGAUGAGAUACCACGUGGAGCUAUAUCGAUGAGAAACCGUAUUGUCUCUUCAGGUAUUCCGGUAACGGAAAUUUAAAAGCAGCGCGAGUUCAUGAUAAACACGCGCGCGCGAUUUUGAGAUUGGAGUUUUUAAAAUAUUGGCAGGAGGAGGGAAGGGGACGAGUGUUUCUCUCCUGGGCAAGAAUACGAAUCUUUCUUCGUGUUCAGGAGUAACGUCGCAACCCAGGCUACGUCACUGGCGGGGUCCUCGUGACACAGAUCAACGACGGCAACUAUAACGGUAUCCGUCGGCGUGACCUACUCUCGGCGAAGUCGCGCUCUCUCGGUUCUCCACCUUCGUCUUCUCUUCGUUUUGCGUCUUUCCCCUGGACUCUCCUUUCGUCCAGGGCCGAGUAUUCAGUAGGGUCUGUGUGUAAAAUGUAUAUUAGUCGAUUUUACAUAAAGAUUACACCAAGCUCUAUCAAAGAGAUGAUUUCCUACUCUAUGGGUCGAAAAUAUUCAUCAUCUUCCAUUUGGAAUUUGUAAAAUAUGCGAUUCAAUGUUUCUAAAAAGAUUACAUAUCAUCGCCCUGAUGCUAUUUAAACAUUUAAUUCUAUUUCGUAAAUUAUCUAAACAGGAGUAUCGGACGCUUGCUGUCUUCUGGUCGCUUCGUCUACUCUUCUGUCCGACCGGAAACCACUGGAAUCAGGACGUGGGCGAGGCGAGAUGAUCGGCCGCCACUGCUUACCGUAUAGCAUCUUCUCUCCCGUACGCGGUGGGCUACACUUUUUCUUCCACGUGAGAAGCAUUGGUACGGGUCGUAUGGGCGGACGACCGGACCGGACCGCGGCUGAUUACGGACAGUAAUGAAAGCGGCCUGCUUGCGCACGGUGGGUAGAUAGGUAGAUGCGUGUUGUCGUCUGUCAUGUAGCCGCGCGCCUUUCGCACCUUCUGCCGCGCCGCACCUUCGUCAUCGAAGCCGUCAAUGAGAUCGACAGCCGCCGCCGUUGUUGUUGUCGUUCCUCGCGCGUAGCAGGGUGACGUAGCCGAGACCUUGCGAGGAAGAUUCGAGUCGUCGAUUGUCACGGUUCAACCGCGGGUCCAGCCGCUGGACCAGCGAGUUAUGAGAGCGAUCGCGCCCUUCGUCUUUCAGGUCAUUGCAUUGCAGUUGACGAAAUGUCAAGGCAGCGGUGGCGGGCCGAGCACGUUCGGAUACGACGCGUCUUCGGCCUGUAGCAAGCCGUAUUCGCGCGCUGGACGCGCGCACCAUGAGGAUCUACCCUGUGACUUUCGCCGACAGAAUUGGUGCACGAUCGCCGGUAGCACAUACCCUUGGCACGCAGUACGUCGAUUCGUGCAAGAGAAUCAGGGAUUGAUGAGACGCAUGUACGGCGACGAGAGUUAUAUCAAUAUUCUCCGAGCGGAAUUCGAGAAGAAUGAUAUUGAAUUCAAGUACGACGAGUACCAUCAUCAUUUCGCCGAUGAUAUAAAACAAUUCCAAUAUGAAGACGAUUACGAACUGAUCGACGACAUUCAGUCGAAGCUUAAUGCAGACGAGGACGAGAGUCGCGGAUUCACCAGCCGCUCUUUCAACGAUCCCGUCGCCAAAUCCCGUCGACUGAACAAAUUUCCGAAGCUCAGCGAAUACACCAGGCCGCACUUCAGGCCUACUGAACGGACCACCAGUUCGACUGCCUCGAGCACGAAGAUUCUCUCUUCGACUUUAUCUUCAACGUCGACCACGACCAGUGCCACGACUUUCGAUACGCAUACAUCAUCCUCCACAACGCCUGUGUCUAACACCACUGUAACGAACAUGGACGAGAAACAGGAAGAGAUCAAGAUUCAAUCUCUCGUAACAUCAAUUUCUCCAACGUUUUCAAACACCACUGUCGAGAUAGCUGAUGAUAGUGAUGUUGCGGUGAAUAACACGACGACGACGGCGUUGCCGAGCAUCACUGUGGCUCAAAUCGUCAGAGAACAGAAUUUUAGUAUUAACGAGAUUCCCGGGCAGAACGAUAGGAUCGAUGAGGAUCUGGAAGAACUUGGAGAAGUGAUAGCACAUUCAGAAGAAACAACGAUCAAGGAGGAUACGACUUUGGAAUUGGCCGAAACGACGACGACGAGUGUCUUCGUCUCCACGGAAUCGCUAGUCGAUCGAGAUGAGGAAGCGGAGGUACUUGACGCUGCUACGAAGACAACCGUACACGAAGAAAUAAUAGCUGCAGCAAGCCACGACCAACAACAGUUUAGACCGCGUCCCGAGUAUCGACCAUCGAGCGUGGCCGAGUCAUCGGCAAGUGUCAGUGGACAACUUUAUCAGGACGUCGCUGCGAAGGAUCAUCACGAGCAACCAGUCUUGAAGCUUAGAGGAGUAAAUGCUUGCCCCGUCAAGGAAGAAGUAGUAGCACCAUUUUGGGCCAACAAUACUCGUGGCGAAGUCUUAGCUCUUCUCAAUCUCUAUCCCUUCGAGCAGUACGUACAUUGGGAGAAGUGCACGCACGAGAACAAGCAAAUGUACUGUCGUGACGGAUGCAGAUGCGAACAGCAGUAUCGGCUGCACCGGCUGCUGGCUUACGAUCCCAACAACGAAUGUCGCGGAAUCUUCAGCGAUUGGUUCAAGUUUCCCAGCUGCUGUGUCUGCCGCUGUUACGAUCUACCAUUAGAGUUUCGAGUGACAUCGCGUUCACCACGCACCUCGCGCAAGCGACGAAUCAAGGUGCAACCAUCAACGCGGGACCGUUAUCAGUGAUCCAAUUGUUUUCUCGCUGGCUGAUCGCCAAAUAACACAGCGUAAGUGUGAGAACGUCCCGCUAGAUAAAAUCGUAUGCAAAAUUCUAAAAAAUGCAGUACAAAUCAAUUCUCUAAUUGGAAGAAUCUUCUCUCCAUUCAAUUCAAUUUAGAGAUUGUUAAUAUUUAUUACUGUUAACCUUUUGUUGAAAUAUCUUUAAUUUUUUUUACAUGUACCAAAUAUUUUUCAUAUAUUGAAGUUUUAUAUGCAAAGUAUAUAUGUUUAUAUGUGUUUAUGUAAGAUUUUUUUGCAUAUUUAUAAAUAUUUAUGAAAAGCAUAUUUAUGUAUCGUUCAUAUUAUUUACUAUGUUAUAGUAAAAUAAACUAGAACAAUGAUAUUUGUAAACGAAAGAAUAUCAUCCGAGAAAAGUACGAUUAAAUUCUAACAAAAGAAAAUUCAUGCUCUUAUACAUAUGUGCGCAUGAUAGAUAAAAAAAUUUUCUUUUUUUUUGUUGUUAGUACAUUUUCAUUUAUUAUAAUCUAUCAAAGUGAUUUGUGCAAGAUUUCGCUUUAAUCCGACAGCUAUUUUUGCAAACACAAUAUACGAUAAAAAAUAAUAAAAUAAAAUAAAAAUAAAAUCAUCCUUGUUUGAAUCAUUCAUAUAAAUUCAUCAUUAUAAUCAUUCAUAUAAAUUUUUAUUCAUGAAAAGAAGUAUUAGUUCAUGAAAAGAAAACAAUAUAUAUAUAUGUGUAUAUAUAUAAUUUAAAUCAUUGGAAUAUAUUCGCUGGUUUGAAAGUAUAUAUAGACUUUAUCUUUUAACACGAUUAUCGUAUAUUUAGAAUGAUAUCAAAUGUGUGUAAUAGAGGAGAAAGUGCGUAUAUAUUAAAGUAAUUUAAAUGAAUAAAAUAAUACUCUUAUAUACUCUUUGGCAAAUGUUAUACUAAUCGAUAUACUUUUUGAGAUUUUAAGAUCAUGUACAUGUAUUUAUUUCGUGCAUUCGCGCGUCACAGCGCUAACAAUAAGCUAAAAAUACUUAGCGCUAUAAUACUAUAUAUAUUCUUAAUAUAAUUGUUGUAGUACAAAUAAGGCUCGUGAAUAAAAUACACCAUUUUUAUACCACUCAUAUUUUUCUAUUUUCGUAAUCGUUAUUUGUGCAUUAUUUAAUAAAUAUUCUCGUAAUUUAUAAACUUAAAUUAUUAAUAAUGGUUGAUCUAUUCUCACAACUUACACUUAAGUUAUAUUAAUAAUAAUUAAUCAAUAGAAGUCAUGCGCACACUGGUGCGUGAAUUAACCCGAAAUAAAAUAAAAUAGUAUGCUCGUUUCGUUAUAUGUAUAUCUGACUUUAUUUUUCUUACUUCCUUUACAUAUCUCUGACAACGUUAUGUGUCUUACAAAGAAGAAGGUUCACAAACAGUAACGAUCUUGAAAACGUUAAUACUUUUUUCUGUUUCGGGCAUUAGCGGGUGGCGCGGUGAAUACAAUAAUACCGAUUAUAUUAUAUAUAUAUCUUGUCAUACACAUUCAUUACAUGGUAUUAUAAACGUCUGAUUAUUCGUAUCCCGUCGUAAUAUAUAUGUAUAUAUGUACAUAUUAUAUAUAGUACAUAUACAGGAUAUUUCGUAUUCGAUCAAUACGCAACAUUCUGUAAUAUUUACGCAUAGAAUAUACGCGUUUUUACGUAUGUGUAAUCGUGUAAUAACGCAUCAUAUAGUAGUAAAGAGAUGUGUGUAUAUUUAUAUAAAUACCAGCUAAAACAUUUGGUAUCAAAACUAUUGCAGGAAGAUGAAAAUAAAACGUCUUCGAAAAGUACAUCUCACUCGUCAAUGCUCUUCUUGUGUUAGAGUUUAACAGAGAAUAUCGUAUUAAUUAUGCAUAAUAAAAGGGAGCCAUUUAAGCCUCUUACUUUUGAAUUUAUGCCGAAAGUUGCUCAUCCGACUCUUUAAAAAAAAAAAAAAAAUAGUAAUAAUAAUUUAA